AAAACUAAUAAACGCCGAAGACUGAGUAGUCGGGGAAGAGCAGUGGUGCAAGCAGAAUGAUUUAUUAUUGUCAGUCACUAAUACGCUGACUUCAGACCCCAUUUUUAGUUGGAUGUUCGCAGAUAAUUUGCAUGAAUGAUAGAGGUACAGGAUCACGAUUCAGCCAUGCUGGAGUGCAGCAGUCAGACAAGUCUGGUGGACUCUGUCACCCAGACAAACAGUGAGGAAUUAUGUCCUCCUGGAGAACGUACAUUUCAUGAUGAGCACCGUGCACAUAAUCUUUUAAAUGGCUUUUCAAAACUGUACAAGAACCAGGAAUUUGUGGAUGUUAUUCUAUGUGUGGAAAAAACUGAGUUUCCAUGUCAUAGAAAUGUACUGGCUGUUUCUUCACCAUAUUUCAUGGCAAUGUUUUCAGGCAACCUUGCAGAGAGCAACAAGGAGAAGAUAACUCUGCAAGACAUGGACAGCCUGACCCUCUCGCUAGUAUUGGAUUAUAUCUACACAGGAAAAGUGAUUCUAACUGAAGAAACAGUGCAAAAUGUUUUGUCAGCAGCAAACUUGUUUCAGCUGCUAUCCUUGCGUGAAGGGUGUGCUGAUUUUAUGAUGAGUCAUGUCACUGUGACCAAUGGCAUUGGGGUAUAUUUCUUUGCCAGAGCCCAUGAGUGUGAUGUGCUAGCCUUGAAAGCCAAGGAAAUUAUUAACAGCAGAUUUGGAACUUUGUGUGGGCAGCAAGAAUUUCUGUCACUUCCUGCUGACAAACUUGUUGAGAUCAUUAGUGAUGAUGAUCUCAAUGUUGCUGCUGAAGAAACAGUUUAUGAGGCCUGCAUGGAGUGGGUUAACUUUGACCUACCUUCUCGAUUAAAAAAUGUGGCAGAGAUAAUGAAAUGUGUACGAUUUGCCAACAUCAGUUCUUAUUACUUCUGUGAUAAAAUUGACCACAAUCAGGUAAAGGGAUCCUGAAGUGAGCUGACCUUGGACAAGAUCCGGUACUACCACAUGCUCAAAAAUCGACAGUCAGAAGUUGAUUUGAACCUCAUGCCACGUAGAGGAAUGGCCUAUGAACGAGGCGUUAUGAUUGUUUCUAAUCCAUAUACAGAAGAUGUAAUGAAGAAGUACAACAGCAUGGAGAUGCUAAUCCCACGAACAGGGGAGGUUGUGCAUAUUGCCAAACUACCUCAGAGUUUGUACACACCAGCUAUAGCUGUCACAGGGGACAAUCAGAUCUACAUGGCAGGUGGAGCUGUAAGGAAAAUCAAUUAUAGGGGCUCAGUCACCACUGAGGGCAUUUCCAAUAAUUUGCACUUGUUUGACCAGACAUCAUCUUCAUGGACAUCUAAAGCCAAGAUGCACAUGUCCCGGUCACAGUUUUCUCUUGUCAUUGUUGAUGGAUACCUGUAUGCUAUUGGAGGUCAUGAUGGGACAGAGACCCUCAGCAGCAUGGAGCGCUAUGACCCUUGCACUAACACUUGGACACUGGUUGCCCCUCUUUUUCGUCCCAUACGCUUUAUGUCAGCAGUUAGCCAUCGUGGAAAGCUUUAUGUCAUGGGAGGUGAAGAAAAAGGAGCAGUGUGCAAAGACUGCUGGAGGUAUGAUCCCAUCGAGGACAUGUGGAAUAAAAUUCCUUCCAUGGCUACAGCUCGCAUGCUUGCUGGCUGUGUGGUAUUUAGAGACAAAAUCUGGAUUGUUGGUGGAAACUCUGCAGUGAGUGAACGAUGGUACAAGGAAUAUUUACCUGAGUACUGUGUAAGUUCCGUGGAAAUAUUUGACCCAACAGAAACAUGGACGGCUGGGCCAGAGCUGCCAAAUCCACUAUGUGGAGCAGGUUUGGUCAAGUUUGGUGAAACUCUGUUGAUUGUUGGUGGAGAGGACGAUAAAAGCUGGAUGGCUGGAAUGUGCUGGUCGGAAGAUAAGGAUAGACUUAUAUGGAGCGAGGGAAUUGAACUCCCGACUGUAAUGAGUACAUUUGGUUGUGUUGUAGCCAAUAUGCAAAAAGAACCAAACAGUUCCUGAAAUUAUUGCUUGGUGGAUCCUGGGGACAUUUCUUUAAACAACAAGAUUGUCAACUUAAAUAAAAGCAAGGAAGAAGAGGAGAAAUGUUUACUCUGAUUCGUUUUCUUUAAUGUUGAUCAUCAAUACACAUGAGGUCACGUUUUAUUCCAGAGAUGUUAAUCUCAGACAGUACACUGUGGGAACAUAUAAUACACAGAUUUAAAGACGUGUCCUUACAUUUGCUAGUAGAUUUUUUAGAGGUGUAUAUAUGUUGUUUGGGUGUGAUGAAUGUAUUUGUGUCAGUUCCUCACAGUUGAAAUGUGAGAGAUAGCAGCACGUAACAGUUUUAUUGUCUUUCCCUUUAUGAGCACCACGAGCUUACCUCUCAGGGAGAGGUAUGCACAUCCUAAAGAAUCUUUUGUUAUAAUUUGUGCAUGUGAAGAUUUUUCAUGUUCUUCUACUUGGCGUAUUUAUUUUGCACAUAUGGUUAAACAUGUUUACAUACAGAAAUUGAAAUUUUGUUCAGCUGGGUGAAGAAAACUAGAUCUGGUUGCACAUAUCGAUGUGUGCUCUUGUAAUAUUUCUUUUUUAUACUUGCUUUGAUUCUGCAUGUAAGGAGAAAUAUUUAAAAUGAGUGUUAAAUGCAAUGUAUAAAAUAUUUUGUUAUAUGAAGACUGUGUGGAAAAGAAUGUCCUUCAAACGACUGUGUAGGUCUAAGCAGAUGUGUUGCUUGUGACUGUUUUUUGCAUGUGAUUCUAUACAACAUAAAGUACUGAAGAAUUAAAAACUAGUCUGGUGUUAAAAGCAUUUGGAAAUUGCAGGGGUAGGGGCGGGGGCGGGGAAAUAAGGUGAGAUCCACAUUUUUCCGAUUUAUUUUUAAACCACUACUGAGUUCUGCUAAAACAAUGUUUGGCGAUACAAGUAACUGAUGUUUUGUGGUGUGUGUGACUGUGGUAGGUGGUGUUGGAAGAAAAGCACUAGAAAGGUCAAGAUUAUUUAACAAGGGCCCAAGUACUGAAGAAUUAAAAACUAGCCUGGUGUUAAAAGCAUUUGGAAACUGCAGGGGCAGGGGCGGGAUAAUAAGGUGAGAUCCACAUUCUUCCGUUUUAUCUUUAACCACUACUGAGUUCUGCUAAAAGCAAUGUUUGGCGAUACAAGUAACUGAUGUCAUGUGUGUGGGUGUUUUGUGGGGUUGUGUGUGUGUGACUGGGGUAGGUGGAGGUAGGUGGUGGUGGAAGAAAAGUGCUGGAAGGGUCGAGGUUAUUUAACAAGGGUCCAAGUGUUGCGACUUUCGCUUUCCAAUCUUCAUUUUGGAAAACAUUGGAGGGGAUGUUUGCAGAAAGAAAAUAAAGUCCCAGGCUAUUUUAAAUUGUAGCCUCAAAAUCAUGGACUUUGUUCUACCAUUAUGUAGUUUACCUUUCACUUGCCCCACAUGUGUGUUUAACUUUUUUAUGCAUGUAUCUUAUAAUGAUGACCAUCUUGGGUACAGUGGUCAUGCUACCUAUGUGAUAGUUCUUGUAUAAUGUUAAUACACUGGAAUAUGCAGGCUAAUGAAUGACAACUGUCAUCUAAAUGAUCAUGGAUUGUUGUGGCAAUUGAUAAUGUUUUAAAAUGUCACAAAUGCUGCUGUAGGUACUUACAGUGAAAUUAUUACCUUUGUGAGAUGCCUGUGUUUUCUUCGGGGGAAAAAAUUCGACCAGAGACAUUGUCUUGCAGUACUUAAAUUUUAUUGGCAAUGCAGAGUUAGCAAAUUCCAUUGUCUAAGAAAACUUCAGCUGACUCACACAUACAUUCCUGUCUUUGGAAUUCUUGGUGGCUUUGUCAAUUAGUAUAUAUUCAUGUAACUGCUUUCUGUUUUUGCUAAAGAUCCUGUUGAACUAUUACACUGUAGAACAGCAUGUUGUUUUUGCUACAGUAAAGUCUUGCUGAAAUCCACCCAAAUGGGGUGGUAUCUUAGAAGGUCAUAGUAAGGAGACCAACCAGUCUGCUUUCAUUCUACAAAUCAUUUCAAACAUCUAUAAAUUCAAGUUCGUUUAUUUAAAUAUUGAAAUAAUGCUCUUAAAAACCAUAUAAUAAUUUUUUGUUGUUGUCAUUUUCACUCUCACUGGAUCAUGCAUAGUCUGCCAUUGUUAGGUUUUACUAAAGAUUUAUAGGGGAACUAACACUACCGUGCCAGACAAAGACGCUAUUAAUAUUUUUGAACCUGAUUUCUUCAAAAAGUUGCAAUUUUCUUUUUAACCUCUCAAGACAUUGUCAACAUGCAAAAUUGUGGUGCCAUUAGUUAUUCAACUUCUGCUCACUUUCUCCAUAACAUUUCAUAGUGCAGUAUCACCUCUACCUAAAAAGGCAUAUUCUGGUUGAGAACAACUGGAUUUUAUGGUCACUUCAAGUUAACCACUAGCUGUUUGUCUUGGACAAGCUAGAUGUUACAGUAAGUAGGUUAUUUUUUUCACUUGCUGUUUAUUGGUCGCCCAAUACACUUUUUCAUUGUCACUUCCUUGUAGUAUAGCCUAUCGAUGUUAGUCACAUAUUUAUAUAAGACUAUUGAACAUUUCUGUUUUACUUGAAAUGGAUUUAAAAAAAAAAAAAAACCAGAAACUUU